AACUUCUGUCAAAAAAGUCAACAAGAGAAGAUGCGAAUUUUGACUAAACAAACUCCCUAAAAUCCCUAGAAAAGUAUCCAGGAAAUGGAGAUUAAGAAGGAGAAGGAGGAUUAUAGUCCCUGGGAUGCUUCCCUGCAGUCUAUGGUUGUUAAAGAGGAAUUUAAGCUCGAAGAACCCGAUGAUCCCUUCAUGGAAGACAAUAAAGGAUCCAUCCCCGAGGCUUCUCCUCCGGAAACCGUCACAUUUGUAGUGAAGGAAGUAGAUGAAGAAGAAAACUCCCCAGAUUGUCCGUCACUGAGAAAGUACGCCAGGCUAUCUCCAGUUCUGAGUGUUAAAUGUCCUGAGUGUGACAAGAUUCUCAUUACACAACAAGGUCUUUACUGGCACUUAAAGAAUCACUUUAAGGAAACUCAAAAAGAGUCCAAAUCUCGAAGGAAAAGUAAAAAAUCCGAUAACUCUGAGCAGGCGAAGAAGGCCAGUUUGAACUGUUUAGAGAAGUUAGAUCAGCCAAAGCAACAAAGUAAGUCGGAGCAGUCAGUUAAGUCAGAACAUUCAGGGGUGGCGGAGAAGUUGGAGCACUCAAUUAAGGUAGAGCCGUCAGAGCAGUUAGAUGAGUCAGUCAGGUUAGAAAAGUUAGAGCAGCAGGACAGUGAAGCGGAUCCCAACAAGGAUCUCAAGUAUAAAUGCAAGGAUUGCGGCAGAGCUUUCAGUGCUGUAAUCGCUCUAACGCAGCACCUGAAGACUCAUCUAACCAAAGCCUACACUGCAAUCUCAUGCCCUUUGUGCCAGGCUGUCUUUGUACGGGACUACGACCUAAGGCGUCACAUAAAGACUCAUUCCAGACAAAAAGAGUUUCCUUGCUACAUUUGUCAGGAAGUCUUUCUCUACAGGCAGAGUCUCAAAAAUCACAUGAAAACUCAUCAAUCUGAUGAAGUUUUGAUAGUUAAGAGGGGACAGGAUGUAAAAAUUGAGUCAACGGAGUUACCAGACUGCUAGACUAGGUCAGACUAAAGUGGAAGAAGUUAGGAGCGUUGUUAACUAAGUUUUUUUUAUUAAAUAAAUUAUUUUUUAUAAGAAAAAAA